AUGUCGAUAGCUGCUGCGCAUUGUUUGUUUGAUGGCUGUAGUACAUGAGCCGCUUUUUCACAAUGGUUAACACUGACUCAUAAAACCAAGCGUUUUGAAACAUGGAUCAAAUAGUGUUGCAACUGUCAGUUAACUCACGGUUUGUGACCACACAUUUUAUUACUUUCAAAAAAACCUAAAUAUAUAAUCCAUAUUUUUAUUCAUUACAGAUUACAGCAGUUACUCAGCUGCAGAGCUCUCUGCCGUCAAAGACAACAUGACUGCUUUACUCCAGACCAGCAACGACAAACUGUCCUCCAUGACUGAGGAGAGAGACCUGCUGAACAUCAGCCUGACUAAGAUGACCGAAGAGAUGGAAAGACUUCAGAAUUUGCCUAAACAGAAGAAAACGUGUCCUGAAGGAUGGAAAAUGUUCAGUUAUACCUGUCAUUUCUUCUCUGAAGCAUCUGGUUCCUGGGAUGAAGGCAGACAGGACUGUAGAAACAGAGGAGCAGAUCUGGUGGUGAUAGACAGCCCUGAAGAACAGACAUCAGUCUCUUGCUUCAUCAAGAAAGAUACUUGGAUUGGUUUGAAUGACAAAGAAGAGGAAGGGACCUGGAAAUGGAUUGAUGGGACUCCAGUGACUCUGAACCACUGGGACUUAAAACAACCUGACAAUGGAAAUAAUCUUCCGGAGUUGGGGGAAGAAGACUGUGUACACCUCAUAGCUGUCGAGAACAGUCAUUGGAACGAUAUUUCAUGUUCAAAAUCUCUACCAUGGAUUUGUGAAAAAAUACCAUAACAUUUUUUUUAUUCCAAAUAUGCAAUCAAUACAAGGCUUCCUAAUUGCUACCAAACAAAUUCCCCUCACAACAAAACACAAUACAAAAACAAAAACCUGAGCAAGCAAACAAGAGCAAAACAGAAAAAAUAGAAACAAAUGACACAUUUGAAAAGGAGUGAGAUGAAGCGUAGAUUGUAAGCUCUCACCCCUUUGUUACAAUACAUACACACAUAUGUAUAUAUGAGCGCAUACAUAUACACACUUACAUACAUAUACAUAUAUCAAUACAUAGACAUUCCUAUAGGCUUCUGCCUGUCACCAGUAUGCCGUAUCAGU